AAGAAAGAAGAAUUAUCAUUCAUUGCAGGACGAUCUUUGAUGGGAUGUCCAGUAGGUGAAUGAAAUGUCGAAAGCCAAAGUCUCGACUGAGUGGAAGAAGCGUGUAAAGUCGGAGUAUAUGCGCUUGCGACAAUUGAAGCGUUACAAGCGCGCUGAUGAAGUGAAAAUAGCAUGGAAUCAGAAUCGCAAAAUUAUGACAGAGUUCCUCGUUAUAGAGCAGAAACGGUGGGCAGAUGGAAAGGCUCUAUGGCUGGCGAUGCAAGAGGUUCCACCCCAUGUCUCAUGCAUGAAGAAAGCAGAGGUUUCAAGCUCUGAUGGAGAUAUUCAAACGUGUCCAGUAAAAAUCAUAAAUGCUGUAACUCCCAUACCGACCAUGUAUACUUGGGCGCCGAUCCAACAAAAUUUUAUGGUCGAAGAUGAGACUGUUUUACACAAUAUUCCAUACAUGGGUGACGAAAUACUUGAUCAAGACGGUACAUUUAUCGAAGAGUUGAUCAAAAAUUAUGACGGAAAGGUCCAUGGUGAUCGAGAGUCUGGUUUUAUGGAUGACUCUAUAUUCGUUGAUUUGGUAAAUGCUUUGAUGCUAUACGAGAAAGAUGACAGAGAUAAGGAACCACCUAAGAAAGGUAAAGAAUCCGCAAAAGAUAAGGAAAGCUCAAAAGAUGAUGAUUGCGAAAUAACAGAGUUGGAAUGUAUGAAAAUUGAAGUGAAACUGGAAAAAAUUGACGAGGAUUCAAAAGAUUCUAGGGACAAAGAAUCCUUGACUACACCUUUUCCUUCGAUGCACAUAUUCAACGCUAUAUCAAGCAUGUUUCCCGACAAAGGUAGACCCGAGGAGCUACGAGAAAAGUACAUCGAGCUUACCGAAAGAUCUGAUCCAAAUGCAUUACCUCCAGAAUGUACGCCAAACAUAGACGGUGUUAAUGCUAAAAGCGUUCCUAGAGAACAAACAAUGCAUUCCUUUCAUACGUUAUUUUGUAGAAGGUGUUUUAAAUAUGAUUGUUUUCUACAUCCAGCCAAGGGAAUCUCCCCGCAAGGACUUCAAGUCUGUCAUCCCGGGCCGAAUUUGCAAAAGAGGAAGGGGCCUGAUCUGAAGCCAUUUGCAGAACCUUGUGGACCCGAAUGUUACAUGCAUUUGGAAGGUAUGAAAGAAAAAUUAGCAGCUCAAGCUGCAAAUGUGAAAGAUGAAGAAGGAGAUGAAAAGAGGGGCGGUCCCAGAAAAGUUAGAAAGCAAGCAAGUGUCGAUUCGGGCAAUGAAGCCAGCAGUGAAGACAGUAACGAUAGCAAUAAAUACAGCCAAGGUGGAAGUUGCCAAGAUUUUAAACAGAACUUGAACAAGGAAGCGAAACCUUCGAUAUCCGAAAGUCAAGUGCAGCCUGAAAACCAAACGCCGUUCACGCUGUUGGGCUUCGAUAAGGCGUCUGAACAACAAAACGAGUUUUCUUGGACAGGUUCGGAACAGAGCUUGUUUCGCGGUUUGCAUAAAGCGUUUCCUGGUAAUCCAUGCGCGUUGGCACAGAUUAUGUUGACUAAAACAUGCCAGCAGGUGUAUCGGUUUGCACAAAAGGAAGCCUCUGAUAUCCCAGCUGUUGAAAGUCUCAAAGAUUUCACGCCACCUCGAAAGAAGAAGAAGAAACAUCGCCUCUGGUCGAUGCAUUGCAGGAAAAUUCAGUUGAAAAAAGAUUCUGGUGCAAAUCAUGUGCAUAAUUUUGCCCCCUGUGAUCAUCCAGGACGUCAGUGUGAUAAUUCAUGUCCUUGCAUCCAGGCCCAAAAUUUUUGCGAAAAAUUCUGUCAGUGUAGCAGCGAUUGUCAGAAUAGAUUCCCUGGAUGCAGAUGUAAAGCGCAAUGCAAUACCAAGCAAUGUCCCUGCUAUUUGGCGGUCAGAGAGUGUGAUCCCGAUUUAUGCCAGACUUGUGGUGCAGAUCAAUUCCACAUCACUAAAAUUUCUUGCAAAAAUGUUAGUGUUCAACGCGGAUUGCACAAGCACCUCUUAAUGGCACCUUCGGAUGUUGCUGGUUGGGGAAUAUUUUUGAAAGAAUCUGCUGCCAAGAAUGAGUUCAUAUCAGAAUAUUGUGGUGAAAUAAUAAGUCAAGAUGAAGCUGAUAGGCGAGGAAAAGUCUACGACAAAUACAUGUGCAGCUUUCUAUUCAACCUCAAUAACGAUUUCGUAGUAGAUGCAACUCGGAAAGGGAACAAAAUACGAUUUGCAAACCAUUCCAUAAAUCCAAACUGUUAUGCCAAAGUUAUGAUGGUUAAUGGUGAUCAUAGAAUUGGAAUCUUUGCGAAGAGAGCGAUACAACCUGGCGAAGAAUUGUUCUUUGAUUACAGAUACGGACCGACAGAGCAGCUCAAGUUUGUUGGAAUUGAACGUGAAAUGGAAUUUUUAUAGCAAACAGUUGUUACCUGUGAAAAUAAGUAAUUCUUGAAACAAUUUUGAGAUAAUUGUUUUUUUUUCGACUGGAGUGAUAAUGCGAAAAAUGUAAACUGUUAUAAUUCACGGUUAAAAACCCGUUUUCAAU